UUUUUCUUAACUCCACCUCGAUCUCACAGCACCAAUUUGUUUGUUUUUUAUUUCCUCCAAUUGCAUAUCUCUCUCUCUCUCUCUCUCUCUCUCUAUUCUUUGAAUCUGUUUCUUCUUCUUCUAGCUCUUGCAAUAUUUUGAAGGUGCAAUUGGCAUGGAGGAGGAAGACUGCAUGGAGUUGCCUCCGGGCUUCAGGUUUCACCCCACGGACGAGGAGAUCAUCAGCUACUACCUCACGCCCAAGGUCGUCGACCAUACCUUCUCUGCGAGGGCCAUGGGUGAGGUGGACCUCAACAAGUGUGAGCCAUGGGAUCUCCCAAGCAAGGCGAGGAUGGGGGAAAAGGAAUGGUUCUUCUUCUGCCAGAGGGAUAGGAAGUACCCUACGGGGAUGAGGACCAACAGGGCCACAGAGGCUGGCUACUGGAAGGCCACGGGCAAGGACAAGGAGAUCUACAGGGGCAGAGGUGUCCUUGUGGGCAUGAAGAAGACGCUCGUGUUCUACAAAGGAAGGGCACCCAGAGGGCAGAAGACUAACUGGGUCAUGCAUGAAUUCAGACUCGAAGGCAAAUCUCCAUUCCCUAACAAUUCCUCGAGAUCUGCACCCAAGGACGAGUGGGUCGUGUCUAGGGUCUUCCACAAGAACACAGGAGCAAAGAGAAUCCCGCCGCCGAGUACUCUUGGGCCGGAGCUGCAGGCUUCAGAUGAUUUCUUCUUCGACUCCUCCACCUUGCCUCCUCUCAUGGAUAUGCCUUCCAGCUACCCGAUCAUGCCCAUGGAGGAGCAGCCAUUAUUUCUGAGCUCAAAUUCAACUCAACUCAACGCUGCGUUCCACCCUGCAGUACAGAAUCCGAACUCUGCCUACAACCUGCUCGGCUACUCGCACCACCAUGAUUCCUCUUUGCUGACCACGAUAGCCUCGCACAACAGCCUUGAUGCAUCCAACUCUUUGGUCAUCAGGGGGCGUUGCAAGAUGGAGCAGAGCUCCGUGUCCAUGGGCUGCUGCCCCUCGCAGGACACCGGCCUGAGCACCGACCAAAACGCCGCCGAGAUAUCCUCGGCCUCGAGGAAUUACACUGACUUCGUCGUCGAUCCUUCUUCCUCUGGGGCAGCCAUGGAUUGGGAUAACAUAUGGAAGUACUGAUGAAUACUGAGAGUUUGUCAAUCGAUCGAUCAUAAGCGCAUGAUUAGUAUAGAAUUGGCUUCGAGGCCUUUGGGUCUUGGAGUUCGUAUACAUGUAUACUCUCGCUGUAUAUAAAUUAAAAGUUUAUUUUGUGUACUAAUAAUAUAUCUAUUUAUAAAAAAGAAUUUAAUAUAAU